AUGGCGACCUUGCGGAGCUUGUACAGGUCGGAUCAUGCAGAUCGACCUGAGUUCAAUACUAACUUCAAUGUUGACUACGUGGUUCACUACAAUAUCCCAACCGAAGAUUCGACCAAAGCAGAAGCUGCCUUCGUGCAACUCAUUGAGGCCCUCUCCAGCGUGGGACUCGCCACUGAAGUCCGCCGUGGUGUUGACUCGUCCGUCCUGAUCUUCGUCAAGGUCGCCUCCGACGACCUGCUCAAGCAGCAUGCGUACCGAUACAGGGUCCAGGACUGGCUGUAUGGCGUUCGCACUUCAGCACCCGGCAAGGAUUUGGCCUCGUACUUUGAGAAGCAGCCUAUUUCAGAGGCCGAGAAGCUGAGGCUCGUGUACCUCUUGAUCACGAAGCCGCGGAACGAGGGUGGUGCAGGCGUGACGCCCAACAUCGGCCAGUGGAAAUCCGUCAAGUCAAUCUUCCCGCUCCACAAUCACGCGUUCAACAGGCAGUGGAUCAAGAAGUUGAGCACCAAGUAUUUCAUCGAGGAGGAUGACAUUGUCCAGAUACGCGACAAGUUUGGAGAGCAGAUCGCCUUUUACUUCGCAUUCAUGCAGGCCUACUUCUCAUUUCUCAUAUUCCCUGCCGCCUUCGGUUUCGGCGCGUGGCUCAUUCUGGGUCAAUUCUCAUGGUUCUAUGCCAUAGUGAACUGCCUAUGGUCUGUGGUGUUCUUCGAGUACUGGAAGAAGAAGGAGGUGGAUCUUGCUGUCCAGUGGGGCGUCCGAAGUGUCUCUCGCAUCCAGCAUCCUCGAACACAGUUCCAAUUCGAACGCGAGGCCCAAGAUCCUGUCACGGGCGAGAUCAUAAAGGUCUACUCUCCCAUGAAGAGGCUCCAGCGCCAACUGCUCCAGCUACCCUUUGCCAUCACCUGCUUGCUUGUUCUUGGGAGUCUCAUAAUUUCUUGCUUCUCGAUUGAGAUCUUUAUCUCGGAAGUCUACAACGGCCCAUUCAAGCAGUACCUCGUGUUUCUACCCACCCUGCUUUUAUCAGUGUUCAUGCCGGCACUGACCACCAUUCUGACGAACCUGGCGGAGAAGCUGACCCACCUAGAGAACUACGAGACACAGGACUCGCACCAAGCUGCCUUUGUCCAAAAGAUUUUCGUUAUCAACUUCAUCGUCUCUUACUUGCCGAUCAUCCUGACAGCAUUUGUCUAUGUACCCUUUGGCAAAAUCCUUGUGCCAUAUCUUGAUGUAUUCCAUGUCACUGCCCAGAAGUUUACCACUGACGGGAAAGUGGAGACCCAGGCCUUUGAAAUCAACCCAGAUCGGCUCAAGAAGCAGAUUAUUUAUUUCACGGUGACGGCGCAGGUUGUCAACCUCCUUCUGGAGACCGUAGUGCCGUUGAUCAAGCGGAAGGUCUUCAAGGCAGUCAAGGAAGUGCAAACUGCAAAAAGUGGCGCGCCCCAACAUGAAGACCCGGAGGAAGAGGCAGCAUUUCUCGAACGCGUUCGGAACGAGGCGGAGCUGGACAAAUAUGACGUGACAGUGGAUUAUCGCGAAAUGGUGGUUCAAUUUGGUUAUUUGUCACUUUUCUCUGUGAUCUGGCCCCUGACUGCCUGCUCGUUCCUCGUCAACAACUGGAUCGAAGCGCGAUCCGACGCGAUGAAGAUCGCUAUUGGCAGCCAGAGACCGGUACCAUGGAGAUCUGAUUCCAUCGGUCCUUGGUUGACCUCGCUGGGAUUUCUGUCAUGGCUGGGAAGUCUGACAAGCGCCGCAAUUGUCUACUUGUUCAACAGCGAUCCAUAUGGUCCUGAUGGUGUGCCGUCCAACGUCAAGGGUUGGGCGUUACUUCUCACCAUCCUGUUCGCUGAGCAUCUCUAUCUGGUCGUCCAGUUCGUUGUUCGCUAUGUGAUUGGCAACAUGGACAGCCCUGGACUGCAGAAAGAGCGUGCCGAGCGGUUUGCAAUGCGUAAACUCCACCUCCAAGAGACAUUGGGCGAAGAUUUCGCGGAGAAUGCAGUUGCAGCGAAUUUGGGUGCGGGCGAGAAAAUCACCCGCGAGGCUCUUGAGGAAGAGGCUCGCAGGGCUUCGGUCUCCGGCUCGGGAACGCCCGAGCAGCUUUUCUGGCAGCGUCAGCGCGGCGCAGCAGAGACCAUCCAGAUUGGGCGAGGACUGAUCUCCGAAGCUGCGGCUGCAAACAAGACAAAGGCGCAGUAG